AUCUUUAUUUUUCUUUAUUAUUUAUUAUUUGAUGACAAGGCAAGCGUUUCUAUUCUUCUUUAUUAUUUCAAUCAUCAAGCAGACUUUCAAAAGCUCUCUUUUUUCGUUUAUGUCUCUUUGCAGAAGGAUUGUGAAGAGUUAGCUGCAACUGUGAUGACCAUAGUUGACUGCGUUGUGAAUAAGACUCAGGAGAAGAUAGAGUUGUCUACUGAUGUUCUGAAAGGGAUAUUAAGACAUGUUGUGGAAGGAGUGGAAGAAAUUUCAUGGCCUCCAAGAAAUCCUAAAGCUAUCAAUCAAAUGGAAAUGGUGUGUACACAAACGGGAAAAGAAGGGGAAUUAAACGAAGGGUUUCUUUCAGAAGUUAGUGCUCAGCUACGGCAGGCAAAAGGAGAUAAAGACAAACCAGGGCUUGCGGGUAAGCUUCAAAAAGUUCUACAACUCUAUCCUGCUACGAUCCUCUCCAAGCAUAGCUACACAAAGAAAGGGAACGAAGUUGUAAAGGAGGAGCAUUUUCUGGAAACUCUGAUCAAAGCUCCUGAGGAACAAUGGAACAAGUUUUUCUUAGAAGGAUUAACACUCGGGAAAGUUGAAGUAACGUCUGAUGAGCUUUCUGCUGUCUUUAAAUUGGGUUUAAACCAGAUGAUAAUACAAUUGUUUGAUCCGGAAGGAGGUUCAUACCAGAAGCGAAUCUUGAUCGAGUAUCUCAAAGGGAUCGAGUCCAGAGCAAAUGGAAUUAUAAAAUUACUUCAGGGUUAA